AUGCACCCCUAUUUGUUCUCAGCGCUUGGCUCGGUAACGGAUUGUAGGAGCAAGGUUCGAGAUCUUGUUCUAGUCAAGAGGAUAGACCUACAGCCUGGCACUGCACUGGUUCAAAGAAUCUUUAACGAAAGCUUGAAAUUUGGCUGCCAGGGCUUCUUUGAGGAUGACACUCUUUAUUUGAAAAUUAUUUCUUGGCAAAAAUUCAAAAACGAAAUUCAGUUUACACACUUUCUUGGAUCCGAGAGGCAGAGUCCUGUAUACUCUGGUUGCAUCGAGGAGAAUUUCCACGCCGCACACGUUUUCCUGUUCGCGGGGGCCAUAGGUUCACCUGCGAUUCUUCACGAUGCUCCACUUCCACCGCCACAACCAUCUCAAGAAGAACCCCAAGACGACCCUCUAGAAAAACAAGAGUUGGCUUCUGCGCGCAAGUGCACCAGCCUCCCUAUAAGGGAACACCCAGCCAACCGGAAACACCAGUCGGGAGAUGCUAUAGAUGAACCCGUACUCAGUAAUGCUCCCGAAACACAUCAGGCUUUAGCGGGUGAAAUAGAAAGGCUGCCUCCUUUUUCAACAUCCAAAGCUUGGUACCGCGAGAAAUUCUUCAGUCCUAUUCUAAAUCUUCCAACACUCGUUCGGUCAGAGCAAUAUACGAGUAGAGAGCGCGAGAGAUCCCAAGUCAUCAACGAUAUUGAUCGUUUAUGUGCCACACUCGAUGCGACAACUCUCGAAGAGCAAAGCACAAAUGAUGUGCCAAUCGAUUCGGGCUUCAAACAGAAGUCGUGUGGCUCUAGCAACCAAGCCAGUAGCUCUAGCAACAAAGCCGGUGGCUCUGGAAGUAGUCGAAAUUUAAUUAAACGGGAUGGCCAGCGGUCAGCAGGCUCUGACAAGCCAAAGCUACGUCGCAAGAGAAGCAAGCAGUCCAGAAAGAGCGGCUCGGAGAGCGAAAGUGAAAGCGGUAUCCGAAAGAGAACAAAAGUUUCUGAUCCAAAAUCGAAUCACACGUUUCAAUGCAGGAUCUACGAGAAGUCAAAUACCCCUCCGGAUGGGAGGCCGAGCACCCCUCCAGUUUACGAAUACCCAACCUGUAACGCCGAAAAAAGCAUUUUCAAGAGUCAUAGCAAGAUGAUUGAGCAUAUCCUUCGAGUACACAUAAAGCCGAUUCAAUGUAGACGAUGUAUGUCACGCUUCGGCAGACCUAGUGAACGCAAUCGUCACGAGAAGGAGGUUUGUAUAAGAGAUAGACUUGUUAAACGACCAGAGGGGGAAAAAGGCCCAAACGACGUUCCGAAGUAUGUUAUUGAUAUGGGUAAAGAAAUAUCAGACUGUCCAGAUAUUGACUCACUGGAUUCGGUGCUUUACCCUAAUGGUCAAAAACGGUACGACUACCUUGACAAAACAUACGACCCCGAAGAAAAUCAAGGAGAAUCCAAGAAUCCAAUUCCUCAGCCGCCCUUGAACAUAAAUUCUCACGAACGAAAUGAGCUGGAAAGCAGCAAUGUUGGAUCUUGCCCUGUAGAUGGGGCUGAUAUUGAAACACACUACCAAAAUGUUUGGGGUAAUCACAUUGAUCAUGUGCACCGUGAUCUGAACAGUCAAUCCAAUGGUCUCGGCGAUGGUCCGUCGGACCUCGACUGGGACGAUGCCUUAGCCAGGGAUCUAUCUAAUAUUCCCAACUUCCCAAUUGCAGCAAACCCAGAUACGGCCACAAUGAUCGAAAAGAUAGUGAGAGAUCAGCCUGACGCCGAGGAGGACCCAACGCUUUACAAAGAGCUUAUAAGUACUUUACUUACUAAUCUGCCUCCAACGCUUUACAAAGAGCUUAUAAGUACUUUAUUUACUAAUCUACCUCCAAAACUCUUGGAUGACUUGGUUACACAUAUUCCUGCCGGACCCGGAUAUACUACAUGUAUAUCACCCGAUGUUUUAUUCAAGUCAGCAAUUGAAGAACUGUGGUUUCCCAACAACUAUGCCCGACAACUUGCAUCUGAUAGCGAUGACCCUCCAGAUCCUCUCAGACCAGCGCCCGACAGCGGCUUUGAUUCGAUCGAGACCGAUAAGAUACACUCAUUGAUACACUCAUUGAAAAAUUAUUGCGACUCCCCAUAA